CUGCUGGGGACUGAAAGGGGCUGUCCUCUUAUAAAAUGCAGUCCAAUCAGCUGAGAGUCAAAAUCAGCAAGGGAGAGUCUGCUGUGAGUGAGAGGAUCAACCCAGGUGUUCAUCAUUGCUGUGGACAAACCUGUGAGGUGUUAGGCUCUAGGUGGACUAUACAAAUAACAGAAGCAAACACCUACACCUUUAUUUUGGAAGCUGUUGUGGUGUCCCAGGGAGAGCUCCAAGAGGAACAUAUCUACUCUGAGCAGAACACUAGGGGGUAGAAAAAGCUCCUGAAGCGACACAGACACAGGUUUGAAGCGAUGCAAUAAAGCACCAGCGGUGUGCCAGCCUUGGAACAUGUAUCCUGUUGCUUACUUGCCCUCACAAGGGGACCAGUCCCAAGUCUUUGCCUACACCUACACGCCUGGCUCCAUGGUGUUGCCUCCCACCCAGAUGCACAACUUUAAUAGGCAGCCCCUAGCCUCCCUGGCAAGGUACCCGCAGAGGGCCCCUCAGUUCUUCAUUCUGAGCCCCUAUUACCCCUUCCUGUAUCCAGUGUGGCCCUUGGGGCACAUGAACCCUAUUCCCUACUACCCGACCCCAGGGAGUGGUGGGUUGCACAGCCAGUCAAGUCCAGGAUUGGUAGAACAAUCACAGGAGUCGUGGUCUGAAGGAAGUUUCUUUCGGGGGGAACUUCGAUGGGGGAGGAUAACCCGUGUCUGGAGUCCAAACAGGGAGCUGCCAGACUUUGUCCGGGAUGACCUGCUCCGUAUGUAUGGUACUUACCCUUUUACAGAAGUGUCCAUCACUUAUACCGAUGGGGUGUUCAUAGUACAAGGCAAGCCCUUUGUGGGACAACAAGAAUACCGGGUGGAGAGGAGAAGGGUUCGGGGUGCGCCUGUCCCCGCCAAUAGUGAGGCUGAGGCAGAAGCCAGCAGAAGUGAUGAGGAGGCUGAAGAAAACAAAGGAAACCAGAGCUGAGGGUCAUGGACCAUCAGUGACUUCUAAGAUUUUGAAAAUGGAUAAACGUUAACAGAAGAGAAAUCCGAGGAUCGUUCCAGGGAGCCCUUCAGGAGCGAGAUUAUUUGUGUCUUUAUGUACUUGCUGAGAUCUUAUCACCUUUCUUGCUCCAUCGAUGUGUGUCUGGUUAUACCCCACUAUCUAGGAAGGUUCUCCAGUCUCCUGGGAACCAGGAGAAGAAAGGGAGGAGAACAUUAAAGAUGCUUAGACUCUUCGCCUUUUAAAGGAACCCAAGUCCCACCUAUACCCAAGCUAUACCUCUUCCUGUAUUCUCCUCCCCACCCUUUGAGUCUCAGCUGUUUUUAUUGGCUAUCUCAGUCUUAGAUUUUAGGUGAAGUUGAGCCUCUGUUGAGAAGAGGAGGACCCCUCCUGAGACCUGAUCUUAUGGUAGGGUCAGCUGUAGCCCCCUCCUCUCCCAUCCCCACCAUCCCUGUGGAAGUGCUUCCCAUUAUGUUUUAUAAACGUUUCUUAUAUGGCUCAUGUAACUAAAAGUGAAUUAAAGGGAUUUUUUCUCACUGGUUUUCUC